ACCUACCACUGCCAAAAGUGGUCAUGGGGUUAUUUUUAAACUUGGGGAGGAAGUAUUUAUUGUUCCCGGGCUGAAGAGAGCUGGGCAGACCGUGGGAUUCUUCUGGGGGAGCAGUGCUGUGUCCUUUCCACCAUGUCACCUAAGAAAGCCAAGAAGAGAGCAGAGGGAGCCAAUUCCAAUGUGUUCUCCAUGUUUGAACAGACCCAGAUCCAGGAAUUUAAGGAGGCCUUCACCAUCAUGGAUCAAAACAGGGAUGGCUUCAUUGACAAGAAUGACCUGAGGGACACCUUUGCUGCUCUUGGGCGUGUGAACGUGAAAAAUGAGGAAAUUGAUGAAAUGCUCAAGGAGGCUCCAGGUCCCAUUAACUUUACUGUGUUCCUACAGAUGUUCGGGGAGAAACUUAAGGGAGCAGACCCCGAGGAGACCAUUCUCAACGCAUUCAAAGUGUUUGACCCUGAAGGCAAAGGAGUGCUCAAGGCUGAUUAUGUCAAGGAGAUGCUGACCACGCAGGCAGAGAGGUUUUCCAAAGAGGAGAUUGAGCAGAUGUUCGCCGCCUUCCCCCCUGAUGUGACUGGCAACUUGGACUAUAAGAACCUGGUGCACAUCAUCACCCACGGAGAAGAAAAGGACUAAGGGAGUGGCUUGCCUUUGGGUGGGCAGAUGGGGGCAUCCUUGCCCUCUUCUCAUUUUGCCCAGUAACACACCACCCCUGACCUUGGCCAGCUGGUCAUGUGGCUGCCUCAUUUAUCCACCUCCAUCUUCUUUGCAGCCUGGGUGCCUUAGAGCUACCAUGUGACCACACAGCUGGCAGAUGGAAAUUCACCCAGAGUCCAUGUUCAAAUAAAAAGGAGGUCGUGUAUUUGUUCA